AUGUUGACUUCGCUUAUACGUUCUCUACCCCAACUUGGACGAAAAUGGAAGCCCCUCAACUUCUCGAAUCCGAACUUCGUCCGGAUUCCGGUUACUCAGAAACUAGAAGAACAGACCAUGCCAGACUAUGUUGCUUCUCGAUAUUAUCCUGCCAAAAUAGGGGAUAUAUUGCAGGAUAAAUACCAGGUUGUGGGAAAACUCGGAUUCGGAGCCAAUUCGACUGUGUGGCUUGCACGAGACAUGAGGUACCGUCGCUGCGUCACGCUCAAGAUAUAUGUCAAGUCUGCAUCUAUUGGACAGUGUUUGGACGAUAAACUUAACAUGUACAAACGUAUAGAAGCAGGUUCCAAAAAUCACCCAGGUUGCGGCGCUGUCCGGUCGUUACUUGACUCUUUCGACAUUGACAGAGCUGAGGAUAAACAUAGGUGCCUUGUACAUCCUCCUCUCUGGGAAAGUGUUACCCGUAAUGUUCUGGCAUUCAUCCUCAAGCGACUAUUCCUGGCCUUGGACUACCUGCAUACAGAGUGCCAGGUAAUACACACUGACAUCAAGGCCGGCAAUAUCAUGUUCGGCAUAGCCGAUGAUUCAGUCUUCGAUGGCUUGGUCGAUGGCUUGGUCGAUGAUGAGAUUCGAAUUCCUUGUCCGAGAAAAGAGCUAGAUGUAAGAACGAUCUACGUGUCCCAGGAGCUCGGAUUACCCAAGGAAUGGGGAGCCCCGGCCCUAUGUGACUUUGGCUCCGCUAUGCCUGGUGGCGUAGAACACUUGGAAGAUAUUCAACCCAACAUGCAUCGGGCGCCGGAGGUGAUCCUUGAGGCGCCGUGGACAUACAGCGUUGAUAUAUGGAAUAUGGGAUGCAUGAUCUGGAACAUUUUUGAGGGCGAAACUUUGUUUACCGGUUACGACUCAGAGUAUCAGACUUAUCGAAGUCGAGCCCAUCUUGCGGAUAAUAUCAGACUGCUUGGACCUCCUCCGCCUGAUCUUAUUGCCCGAGGGAAGCUAAGCCAUAAGUUCUUCUCUGAUGAAGGUGACUUCUGCGCUGGUAUUCCAUUGAAAGAACCCGUUCCGCUUGAGCAGAGGGAAACGACUCUUGAGGGGCAGGAAAAGGCCGAUUUUCUACUGCUAGUACGGAAGAUGUUGCGGUGGAACCCACCAGCGUAG